CAUGGAGCUGAGUCACGCCAAUGGGGAGUUUGCGCUGGAUGUGUUCCGUGCCCUGUGCAAGGAGAGCGAGGGGCCCCGUCCCAGCAGUCUGAUCAUCAGCCCCCUCAGCAUCAGCACAGCACUGGCCAUGGUGUACCUGGGGGCCCGCAACAAGACACAGGAGGAGAUGGGGAAGGUGUUGAGGUUUGCCCAGGUGUCUGAUGUUCACUCCCAUUUUAAUGCCCUAACGAAGAAGAUCACACCUCCAGCUUCAAGCUUGACCUACACUCUCAAUCUGGCCAAUCGGCUCUUUGGAGAACAAACCUUCAAUUUUUCACAGGAGUUUCUGAGAGAGGUCCAGAAGAAGUACUUUGCGGAUCUGCAGGCCGUGGACUUCGUCUCAGCAUCAGAGAAGGCCAGACUCACCAUCAACACAUGGGUGGAGAACAACACCAAUAACAAGAUUAAGGAGCUACUGAAGGCUGGGGUGUUGACCCCGAUGACUCGCCUGGUGCUGGUGAACACUGUGUACUUUAAAGGCAACUGGAAGCAUCGCUUCGAGCCAGAGAACACCAAAGAGAUGCCUUUCAAGAUCACCAAGACGGAGUCUCGGCCGGUUCAGAUGAUGUACCGGAAGGUGCCGGUCCUGCACGACCGGGUGGAGGAGAACGACAUGGUAAUGCAGGUGGUGGAGCUGCCCUACACAGACCCCCAGCUCAGCAUGGUCAUACUCCUGCCACCAGAGGGCACCCUGGACACGGUGAUGAGCCAGCUGACCAUCUCCAAGCUGUUGGAGUGGACCGACCCGUCCAAGCUGCGCCGUCAAAACGUGCACGUCUACCUGCCGCGCUUCAAGAUGGAGAGCAGUUUUUCCCUGAAGGACACGCUGACCGCGCUGGGCAUGGGCUCGCUGUUUGACUGCGACGACGCCGACCUGACGGGCAUCAGCGGCGACGGAGGGCUGUUCCUGUCAGCGGUGGAACACAACGCGUGGUGCGAGGUGAACGAGGAGGGAACGGAGGCGGCGGCGGCCACGAGUGACAGGAAUAUGGAAAGAUGUUUAAAACCCCCCGAGCCGCUCUUCAAGGCAGACCACCCCUUCCUCUUCCUCAUCAAGUACCAGCCCACGCGCAGCAUCCUCUUCCUCGGCCGCUACUGUGGGCCGCAGUGAGGAAGGAAUCGGAGGAGAUAUUGGGCAUUUCUCAAAACUCUAGUGCGCGCACUUCCAAGUGUAUCAGCCUAAUUAGCCAUGCCCAGUGAUUGGAUACUCUUUGUUGAACUCUGCGGAGUAUCCAAUCACAGUGGGUGUGACUAAUAAAGAGUAUCCAAUCACUGGGCGUGGCUAAUAAAGAGUAUCCAAUCACUGGACGUGAUUAAUUCGGCUUAUACACUUGGAAGUGCGCGCACUAGAGUUGAGAAAUGCCCUUUGUUUUUCAACCAAGUAACGCUCAGCUCCACCCCACUAUACCAAGCACACUCCUACUUGGAGGAGAUCAUUACCAACCAAACUCUCCACUCCCACGAUCUCAUGCAUGCUGCCCAGAAGAAAAUAGAUUAAAGCCGCUAUACCAACCAUACUCUCCACUCCCACAAUCUCAUGCAUGCUGCCCCUACACCAUCCAUAUGCAUGCAUGCUCCCCUACACCAUCAUACUGUAUAUGCAUGCUACCCUGAUGCAUUCAUGUGACCCAGAUGAAAAUAACUUUAGGUUACUAUACUGUGCUAACCUUACUCUCCCCUGCCAAAUACCAUGAGUCCUGUCAAGAAGAACAAUAUAGUCCCCUGUAUCAACCAUACUCUCCCCUGCCACACUCCUGCCUAUGUAUGUUGCCCAGAAGAAAAUAUCUUUAUGCUAUGCUACCGUACUUUCUCCCCUCCCACACCUCUCCCCUCCUGCCCAGAAGAAAAUAUCUUUAUGCUAUGCUACCGUACUUUCUCCCCUCCCACACCUCUCCCCUCCUGCCCAGAAGAAAAUAUCUUUAUGCUAUGCUACCGUAC